AUGCGCGCCCCGAGCGCGUCUGCAUCCUCAAGUGGACAGUCACCAGCAUUGUUAGCGCGAAUCGAGGAGAAAAAGGCCGAACUCGAAAACCUCAAAGAGCUUCGAGAGCUCAGCGCAGCGGUCGCAACACAAAUGGAAGCUUUGGAACAGAAACUCUCGACUCUGUCCGAUGGAACAGAGGCUAAACUGGCCAAGACGGCAGCCGACCCGACAAACGCAUCGGAAGAUUCAACAGGACCUUUGCCUCAAACUCUAGUACGAAUUCCAACAGAACAUGCACCAGCUCUGCAAGCCCAGGCAGAAGCUGCAGAAGCCGCAGCCGAGGAAGAAGAGUCAUGA